CUCUACGUCACACACCAACAACACAGACAGUGUCUGUAGUCACCACGUCACCAAGCUUCAGGAACUUCAGAUCAUUUCUCUGGACCUCUUUCUGGGUUGACCUGGACUUUAAAAACUCAGGAGUUCCUCAUAACCCUCAUCACUUGAGGCCUUCUUCAUCAACUGAGAGAACUCAAAGUGCUCCAUCCUUAAGCUCCUGGGAAGCCGUAAAAAUGGAAACGAACACUAACUCCUCUUCGAAAUAUGAGGAUAUACUUUCCAAAAGUGUUCUGAUCCAAUCAGGAUCUCCUGCUGUCUACCAGCUGAUACCAAAGAAAGAGAAGAUUGGAACUCUGACAAGAAUGACUCUUGGUGAAAAAAAUCCAAACAAGAUAAACAAAACCAUCUUACUUGUUGGUGAAACAGGAACAGGAAAAUCUACUCUGAUCAACGCUCUGGUCAACUACGCCAUGGGAGUGGAGUGGGAGGAUGAUGUCUGGUUUCAGAUCGUAGAAGACGAGAAGAGAAGUCAAUCAGAAAGUCAGACAUCAGAUGUGAUCGUGUACCAGAUCUUUGGUUUUGAAGAUAAAACUCUGCCCUACUCUCUGACCAUCAUCGAUACUCCUGGAUACGGAAACUACAGAGGGAUCGAACAUGAUGACAUCAUCAAUCAAAGAUUAUUUGACUUGUUCCGCUCAGAGGAUGGAGUUGAUGAGAUUAAUGCAGUGGGUCUGGUGAUGAAAGCCAGUGAGAAUCGACUGAGUGACCGACUGAGGUACAUCUUUGAUUCAGUGGUGUCUCUGUGUGGAAAAGACAUGGAGAAGAACAUUGUCGCUCUCAUCACACACUCAAAUGGAAGAGCACCUAAAGGUGUUCUACAAGCUCUCGAGGCUGCAAAGAUUAAAUGUGCCAAAAAUGAGAAGAAUCAACCUGUUCACUUCCUGUUUGAUAACUGCCAAGAUGAAGACAGGACAGAGGAUGAAGAAGACCUUAAAUAUGCAGAUAAAAUAUCAAUGAAAGGAAUGAAUCAGUUCACAGACCUAUUGGGAAAAAAUGCAGCUCAAAAGCUGGAGAAAACCGUGGGGGUUCUGGAGGAACCAAUGAGCCUGAAAACCUGCAUCGAAAACCUGCAACACAGAAUUGAGUUGAUUGACCUUAAAAAGACUGAAAUCGAACAGACUCAGAAGGCUCUGAAGAAACAUGAAGAAGAGAUGAAGAACAAUGAGAAGUUCACUAUAGAAGUUGAUGAGGUCUACAAAGAUAAAGAACCUAUUGAUGGUGGGAUGUGGUGGUUGGUGUUCUAUGAAGCAGCAACCUGCUGUACUGUCUGUGAGGAGAACUGUCACUAUCCUGGAUGCACAAUGGCCUGGUAUCCCUCAUGGUGUGAGGUCAUGAAAGAUGGCCGCUGCACUUCAUGUACCAGGAAGUGUCCUGCAUCAGAUCAUGUGAAAGAAAAGUGGAAGUAUGUGAACAAGACAAGAAAAGCUCAAAAAACUGUAGAAGGUGUGAAAGCAAAGUAUGAAAAGAAUAAAGAAGAGGCUGAGAAGAAAGAGAGCCUUUUGGAAACUCUUGGGAAGGACAUGGAAAAACUUCAGAAAGACAAAGAUCGGUUGCUGGAAGAGUCCUUUCAGCAGGUUGUCCAACUGGAGCAGACCACUCUGAAGAUUGAUGCAGUGUCCAUUUAUGACCACUUGGACUUCCUGAUUGAGAAGAUGAAGGAGAAAGGAGACAUGGAGAAGAAGAAGAAACUGGAAGAGAUGAAAUGUCGAAUGGAUGAAGAUGAAGGAAUCCAAGCAGCUGGUAAAGCAAAGAAUUAGUGAUGAAGUAGAUGAACAAAAUCACUGAGAGCAGAAAGCUGUGUAGAAAACAAGAUCUACACUGAUGAUCAAAUGUGUUUCAUUAUAGUUCUAUCAAGUGUGAUGCUGAUUUAAAACCUACAUAAGAACAUGUCAAAUGUGUAAUGACUUUGUUUUUAACAUUUCUCUAAUGUGCUGUUCAGUCAAUACGAGGCUGUGAUUUAUUCUGAUGUUUCUCUAAUGUUGAUGGUGGUGGGUCAGUAACACAUCACUGAGAUUUAUAAUACAUAAAUAUCCCUAUAUAGCAGUUAAACGUGAUGUUAACUUAACUCUAGUUAAUCAGCAUGUUACAGAACUAAACUCAUAAAUAUUCUUAUUUAAACUGUAAUCAUGAAAUCUAAUGGAUUUAUAUUUGAUGUAGCCUAUGUUAUAAUCAAUGUGUGAUUAUAUAUUAUAUACCCUUCAUGCUUAAUGACAAGUUAUAAUAUUUCAGAAGCCAAACAUGUUGAUCCAUUUAUGUUUACUUAAUUUUUUAUUUUGAGUGAUUAAAUAUAUGUUGUUGUUGCUCAUGAAAUAAUAUCCUGAUUGAUGUAGUUUUCUGAGAAUAAUUAAUAAAAUAUCUGCUUGAUGAAA